UCUGCAGGAGCCGCAGCCACACGCGCUGGGAGAUGUCACCCUGCGCCCAAGAGGCUCCCACCACCGGAUCCGCGUCGGGUGCACGCGCCCGUGGGAGCCAGGCCCGCGCACGCGCAGCCCGCCCCCGCCUCCCGCCGCGCGGCAGUCACCCGCCGAAGCCCUUCUCUAGGCUGCCCGCGCCCGCCUGGGAGCUGACCCCGUUCCCGCUAGGCCCUCAGCGGGUGGCGGCGAGGCCGCUCGGCAGCCGGACGAGUGUCGGAGUCGUGAAUUCCGAUAUGGCUCGGGAGCCCAUGCCUGGCCCUGCCCGGCCAGGCCAGAAGAGGCAGCAGGGCACAGCCAUCUUCUGCAGUAACUACAACUUGAACUACGAACUGUACAGAGAAGAUGUUCCCUACAGGAUGCAUGAAUACCAGAGGAUCCCCCCACUCAUCAACCGUGUGCCUGUCAAGCUCCGGAGGUCCCACACGGGCCUGGGGGUCAAGAGCAGCUUCAGCCCCCACAAAGCCUCUAGGAACAGCCCCCUGCCCCGUGCACAGAUAAAGCUCCGGACUGAGGAGCUGCGCUCCAUCAGGGGGGAGCUGAGCCAGAUCAAAGCCCAGGUGGACAGCCUCCUGCAGCAUGUGGAACGCAUCGACCGGCAGAGGGACCAGCCGGCAGGGACAAAGGACAGUGAAGAUAACAGGGGCCCUGGCUGUGAGGGCUCCUCAAACAGAAGCAGCGAGCCCUGCCAGAAACCCAGGGGCCAAAAGGCCAACCCAGAGACUGAUGGCUCCAAGGGAAGCACAGACACAGAGCAGGCAGUGAAGAAUCGUGCAUCAGACCAGGAAGGCAGCCAGUAGGAGACACCUCAGCUGCUCUUACCUGCUCCCCAAGUGCCACCAUCAGCUGAAAGGAGGUACACCUGUUCCUACAGUUGCCCUCCCUCCGACUCCAAAAUGCAAGGUCCUCAGUGCGUGCCCGACAAAACUCCUGUUGGUUCCAGACGCCCCAUCCACUCUACAAAGCCAUCCUCUGUUGGUUCCAGACGCCCCAUCCACUCUACAAAGCCAUCCUUCAGAAUAGGGGUGCCGUUUGUAUGUCCUGUUUUCUAUCUUGUCUCUGGCUGGUGUGAUACCAUGUAUUUCAGACCUGCUCUAGAAAAAUGUAUUAUGUCAGAAGGGGAAAAGUAAAAUUUGUAUUUCUUUUUCUUGGUCAA